GCCUCUUAUAUACAUUAGUGUUUGUCUCUUUCUUGUGAUAAUCCACUUUAGGUUUUUGUCGAUGGCGUUUAAAGCUAUAUUCAGUGUUUUGGUUAUUUUUUGUUUGGUUUUUUCUGUUGGUGCUGUUCGUAACGUUUUGGGGUAUUGCCACUUCAACGAAAUUUAUCAAUUUGGUGAUUCAAUGAGCGAUGUUGGAAAUUUAAUUAGAGAGUAUCCCGUUGGGGCCUCCACAAACUUCGCGAGACUGCCGUACGGUCAAACGUUCUUUGAGGAAGCUACAGGGCGUUGCUCCAAUGGCCUUUUAAUGAUCGACUAUAUUGCAAUGGCUGUUGGGCUUCCUUUGCUUCCACCGUACAAACACAUGGGGACUUGGUUCGGGAAAGGAGUCAACUUUGCCGUGGCUGGUUCGACCGCAUUGUCGUCUGAGGCGUUGGCUGCUCAUAACGUAACGAAUCCGGUGACAAAUAGCUCUCUUGGCGUUCAAUUGGAUUGGAUGGACUCCUACUUCAAUUCCACCAGCCUUGAUGAGAUAGAUCGUUUCAAGAAACUCCGGAGUGCUCUGUUCAUGGUGGGAGAAACCGGUGGGAAUGAUUACAACUACGCCAUCUUUCAAAGGAAACAAAUGGAGGAAUUAAAAAGCAUGGUUCCUCAAGUGGUUGAAGCCGUGAUUAAUGGAACUAAGAGAGCCAUAGAGAUGGGGGCAGUAAGAUUGGUUGUUCCGGGAAACUUUCCGAUCGGUUGCCUUCCGAUAUACAAAACAGCAUUCCAAGGCGCACCCCUUAACGAACAAAAUUGCGUGACGGAGCUGAAUGAAUUUGCAGAGUACCACAACAAGCUUCUGCAAGAAGCCAUCCUCAAACUCAAACAUGAGAAUCCCAAUAUUGUCAUAGUCUACGGCGACUAUUACAAUGCUUACCAAGAUCUCCUCCGAAAAGGAAAAGAGAGAGGAUAUGAGGUCGAGAAGGCUUGCUGCGGAAUAGGAGGGAAAUACAACUUCGAUUUGGGAAGAAUGUGUGGAGGAGCUAAUGUCAGCGUGUGUGAAGAUGUUGAUCGACAUCUGAGUUGGGACGGCAUCCACAUGACUCAGCAAAGCUACAAACACAUGGCCGCAUGGUUGAUACCACGCUUCUUUGCUCAACUCGCCUGCUUCUGAUCAUUUAUCACUUUCUUUUCAAUUUCUUGCUUUUUUAUCAUUCAUUUUAUUUUUUGAUUCCAAA